UACAUGGCAAUAACACAAAUGCAGCCGACAGAUGCCCGAAAAAUGGUGCCAUGUUUUGACGAGCCCGGAUUUAAAGCAAUAUGGAAUGUAACAGUGAUACAUCCACAAGGUACAUCAGCACUCAGCAACGGUAUUGAGCUGAAAACCACAAAAUAUAGUGAUAAUCCAGACUGGUACUGCACAACAUUCGAGGAAACCUUGCCGAUGUCAUCAUAUUUGCUAGCAAUUGCUGUCACUGACUUUUUUUUUGUCGAAGGAAGAACUAAAGGCGGUAUUCGAUUUCGGAUAUGGUCUAGAAAGGAGGCAUUUGAUCAAACGAGAUAUGCCCUUGAACUUGGUAUCAAAGCUAUUGAAUUCUUUGAAAAUUACUACGGUAUUGCAUUCCCACUGGAAAAGCAAGGUUUUUGCUAUUAA